AAGCUGGAAAAAAAUCCUCUACAGUAAUUUAAGUGGAGAACUAUAUAAAAGUUAAAAGGAUGAAAUCAAAAAGAAUUAUUUGCUUGCCAGUGGCAUGUAACUGUUUAGUAUGACCUGAAACAAUCCCUCCAUUUCUUUUGAAAGAGUUGUGUUUCAUGACUGCGGCUAGUAAGUGAAUGCAGGGUGAAAGGAGCCCUAAAGGCAAGUGUGACCACAGCAGGGGAAAAAAAAACUUGUUUGUGAUACCUCUGCUGUGGUAACUUCCUGGAUCACUGUUAUACUGAAAAUAGUUCUUGGUUCAUAGUUCUGACUCCUUUCUCAAGCUUGAAGAGACAUUCUACUUCUCUUUUCUUAUUGCUCUUCCUCGGUGAGAAUGGCAAGGAUUCGGAUUCCUAGCACAGUCGUUAUACUUUUUGUCACAGUUCAGACUGGAUUCUUACUCUUCAUGUUUGCCCGGUACAGUAGUUUCAUGCCUCAGGCUGAGGAGAAACCAUCACAAGUCCACAUCCUCAUUCUCUCCUCCUGGCGGUCGGGAUCUUCUUUUGUCGGGCAGCUUUUCAGCCAGCACCCCAGUGUCUUCUACCUGAUGGAGCCAGCGUGGCACGUGUGGGUUACGAUGUCUCAGAACAGUGCCAAAGUCUUACACAUGGCAGUGCGGGACUUGGUCAGGUCGGUCUUCCUGUGUGACAUGUCUGUGUUUGAUGCUUACAUGCCUUGGAAAAGAAACUUAUCCGAUCUUUUCCAGUGGGCAGUGAGUCGGGCUCUGUGCUCAGCUCCUGCUUGUGACUCUUUUCAACGCACUGACAUUACCAGCGAAAUGGCCUGCAAGACUCUUUGUGGACGGUAUCCGUUCAGCAAGGUGGAGGAAGCCUGUAAAACUUACAGCCAUGUUGUCAUCAAGGAGGUUCGAUUCUUUGACUUGAAGGUCCUCUACCCUCUUCUCACUGACCCAUCCCUGAAUCUCAAAAUUAUUCACCUGGUCCGUGACCCCAGGGCAGUCGUUAAGUCACGGGAACAAUCAGUGAAAGCUUUAGCCCGUGACAAUGGAAUUGUCUUGAGUACCAAUGGCACUAAAGUGGAAGACAGCAAAUACAAAGUAAUGCAAGAGGUUUGUAGAAGUCAUGUUCAGAUUUACGAAACGGCUACUCUAAAACCACCUAAUUUCCUUAAAAAUCGCUAUUUAAUGAUCCGUUUUGAAGAUCUGGUAAGAGAUCCAUUAUCAGAAAUCUCAGAAAUGUACAAAUUUGCAGAUCUUAAUUUGACCCCCAGGCUCAAAAGCUGGAUCUAUAAUAUCACACAUGGACAGGGACCAGGAAAAAAAAAAGAAGCCUUCAAAAUCACGUCUCGAGAUGCAGUUAGUGUUUCACAGGCCUGGAGAAACGUUCUUCCCUUUCAGAAGGUUAAGAAAGUACAGGAAGUUUGCAAAGGUGCUAUAAACAUGCUUGGCUAUCAGCUGGUGGAUUCUGAAAAAGAACAAAGAGAUCUGACAUUGGAUUUAGUGUUGCCAAGACGACAAAAUCAAUUCAGUUGGUUAUCAUUUAAUCCAAAGCACUGAAACAUUAUUUUUGAGAGAUGGGGGAGGGAGGGGGCAGGGUAGAUGUUUGACUGUUUCUCUACUGCUCAGCAUAUAGUAAUUGGAAAAUCCUUGGCUGAUGACUUUAAGUGUCUUUCUGUCUACUAUUUUUCCGUUAAUGGAAGGAGUAUUUUUUUCCUGAGUUUCUUACACCUCAAAAACAAAAAAAGGCAAGAUAAUUGUCAGAUUGCAAAUAUACAACUGAGCUGUGCUGCUCACAACAUUGUUUUAAAGUACUAUAAUUUAAGUACUUUCUGUUAAAAGGUGAAUUUUCAAAGAUGUCUUUAUUGAUAAUAGUUUACUUCUGUUUUCAUGUUUUAUAUAUUUAAGAAUCACAGUUCUUUAUUUGUAUAAAUGGAAUGAAGUAGAUACUAAAUUCCUUUAUUUGACUUUCUUCUUUCCUUUAAA